AGCCAAGCUUAACUUCUUUCAGCCGCUUGCGGAUGGGAGGGGGAGGGACGCCCCGGAGUCAGCAGUUCUGUGCGGGGACCGGGAGGGCAGGAGCCCCGGCCAUGAGCUGACCGGCCAUCAGAGGCACCGGGGAGACCGGCGGAUGAGUUUGCCGUUUCACUGGUGGAGAAGAUGCAGGCUCAGGAAAUCCUGCGGAGCCUGCGGCUCCCCGAGUUCGAUGACCUCAGCCAGUUCUUCCGCAACCUGCCGGCCACAGCGCUGGUGGGCAUCGGUGCCUUCGCAGCUGUCGUCGCCUACUGGUUUGCCAGCCGGCCCAGGGCUGUGAAGCCACCCUGUGACCUGCACAUGCAGUCAGAAGAAGUUGAGGGCCUGGCUGGGGCACGCCGCUCAGUGAUUGGGGACAGCCCGCAGCUGCUGACGCACUACUACGAUGAUGCCAGGACCAUGUAUGAGGUCUUCAGGAGGGGAUUCAGCAUCUCUGAGAAUGGCCCCUGCCUGGGGUUCAGGAAGCCCAAGCAGCCCUACCAGUGGCUGUCCUACAAGGAGGUGGCUGAAAGAGCAGAAGCUCUAGGUUCAGGCCUUUUGCAGCAGGGCUGCAAGCCAUGCACAAAGCAGUUCAUUGGUGUCUUUGCUCAAAACCGUCCAGAGUGGAUCAUCUCUGAGCUGGCUUGCUAUACCUAUUCCAUGGUGGUGGUUCCCCUCUAUGACACCUUAGGUCCUGGAGCCAUUCGGUACAUUGUCAACACAGCUGACAUUUCCACGGUCAUUUGUGACAAGCCUGAAAAAGCCAAGCUACUCCUUGACCAUGUGGAGAGGAGAGAAACACCGGGCCUGAGCUUCAUCAUCCUGAUGGACCCAUUUGAGAAGGAGCUGACAGAGAGAGGGAAGCGCUGUGGGGUUCGCAUCCAGACCAUGCAGGAGGUAGAAGAUUGUGGCCGUGAGAGUCGACAUGUGCCUGUGCCUCCUCGACCAGAAGAUCUGUCAAUUGUCUGUUUUACUAGUGGCACUACAGGAAAUCCCAAAGGUGCUAUGCUGACCCAUGGAAACGUGGUGGCAGAUUUUUCAGGCUUUUUGAAAGUGACGGAGAAAGUGAUCUUUCCGAGACAGGACGAUGUGCUCAUCUCCUUCCUGCCUCUGGCUCACAUGUUUGAAAGAGUUAUACAGUCUGUAGUAUACUGCCACGGAGGGCGAAUUGGCUUCUUCCAAGGAGAUAUUCGCCUCCUGUCUGAUGACAUGAAGGCACUGCGGCCAACCAUCUUCCCCGUCGUGCCACGGCUGUUAAACAGAAUGUAUGACAAGAUCUUCAGCCAGGCUGACACAUCCCUCAAGCGCUGGAUCCUGGAAUUUGCGGUCAGACGGAAAAAGGCUGAAGUUCGAAACGGCAUCAUUAGAAAUGACAGUUUGUGGGAUAAACUUUUCUUUAACAAAAUACAAGCAAGUCUUGGGGGGUGUGUCCGCAUGAUAGUGACAGGAGCUGCCCCUGCAUCCCCAACUGUCCUGGGCUUCCUCCGCGCAGCCCUCGGAUGCCAGGUUUAUGAAGGCUAUGGCCAAACAGAAUGCACAGCUGGAUGUACCUUUACAACUCCAGGUGACUGGACAUCAGGUCAUGUAGGAGCCCCUUUGCCCUGUAACUUAAUCAGAUUGAAGGAUGUGGAAGAACUGAAUUAUUUUGCUUCCAAAGGAGAAGGAGAGAUCUGUGUGAAAGGACCCAAUGUGUUUAAAGGUUACUUGAAAGAUGAAGAGAGAACAGCUGAGGCGCUCGACCAGGAGGGUUGGCUUCACACAGGAGACAUUGGAAAAUGGUUACCUAAUGGUACCCUUAAAAUUAUUGAUCGGAAAAAGCAUAUAUUUAAACUUGCUCAGGGAGAAUAUAUCGCACCGGAGAAGAUAGAGAAUAUCUACAUCCGCAGUGACCCUGUUGCUCAGAUCUAUGUCCAUGGAGACAGCCUGCAGGCUUUCCUGGUGGGAAUUGUGGUACCUGAUUCUGAAGUUAUGCCAGGUUGGGCAAAGAAAAGAGGGUUUGAAGGAACAUAUGCAGAACUCUGUAAAAAUAAGGAACUGCAGCGAGCGAUAAUGGAAGACAUGGUACGGUUAGGGAAGGAGAGUGGGCUUCACUCCUUUGAGCAGGUCAAAGCCAUUUAUAUUCACUCUGAUAUGUUCUCAGUGCAAAACGGUUUGUUGACACCAACAUUAAAGGCUAAGAGACCAGAACUGAGAGAUUACUUCAAAAAACAAAUAGAAGAGCUAUAUUCAAGCAUCUCCAUCUGAAAUCACAGGAAGAAUCUUCUGAAAAAUAGACUUCAUAGCAAUAUUAGAAUAAUACUCAAAAAGUACAGAGCCAGAACAACACUGCUGAAAUGGAUACUGAAUCUUACAUUACAAAUGCAUCUGAAUCUUACAUUUGAGCCUUUCAUUUUUCUAGGAUUUCAUCACUAACCAUAUUUUCCCUUCUUUCUGCCAUCAGCUGUGAUACAAUUUCUUUUUUACUCUAGAUACACAGUAAGGCACUACUAAAAGUUAUGCUAAAUUGCCACAAAAUAUGCAGAAAUUUCAAUUUAUGGCCAAGUAAACUAUGGAAGCUUAUCUUAUAAAUAACUACAAACAUUUCUAAUUAAAAUAGGGAAAAUUUCAGGUAUGUCUGUUGAUACUUGAUUGUAUAUAACCUAAUAUAUUAGAAACUAAAAUCAUAAAUAAUUCAGUAAUGUGGUCUAACUCAAAUAAUCAGUGAUUGAUGGUGAAAGUAAAAGUCCAUUUUCUCUGAUUUGGAACUUCAAGCUGGAUAUUUGUUCAUAUAUUAAGUGAUAGUUUUUAUAUUUUUCAAGACAUAAAUUACAUUGAUUUGAUUUAAUCAUUGAUGACUUAACAACCAGAACAAAAAUAGGAAGGAAUUUCACACUAUGUAUACUUAAUAGACCUAUUAGUAUAUUGCAUUUAAUGGAUUAAUGUUACCUUGAAAUUACAAGAACAAGGUAGGAAGCAAUAGCACAGUAUUCCCUCUAUUUUCUUUUCAUUCAACCAGUUUAUUCAUGGUAUGCAGAUUCAGCAUUAGGGCUUCUCCAGUCCAGUGCACUCACAGGCAUUGAAACUGCUCAAACUGAGAAGGUUGCAAAAGCAUCACUGGCUCUGUGGUGGCUUUAGGUGGGAAUUCACGAUAAUCCGUAUGCUCCCAGUCCCUAAUUUAUUACUUCACGUGCUGCUAAUACUGCGCAUUCCAGCUGGACUAACUCCCUUUCAGAAACAGCACUAAAGAAAUGGAGCACAAGGAAUAAGCUGUGAUUCUGGAUGGGGCUUAGCAAAAUGAAAGGGUUUGGGAAAAGGCCAGCCUGAGGUGCAGCAGUGGAGGACAUCCUUUGUCUGGCCAUGGAAGGGGAAGGAAUACUGCCCCAAAAGACUCACGGGGAUGGGCUAAAGGCUGUGUUAGCCAUCGCUGUGCAAGGUGUCAACUGUAUGGCAGAACAGUGGAUGUGGUGGCAGAAAGGGCUGUUAUUUAUGAGAACAUCUUUAUGGUCAGACAUCUGGAAGCAUCAAGUCCCACUGGCAUUGCUUCCAAUGGCCUCUCUGGAAUAACCAGCAAGUUGUCUGGAUAAAACCUUAGAUUUCAGUGGUUGUCAGAAAGGGGUAAGUCUCACAAGGAGUAGGAACAGACUGUAGAGCUCUCUCUUGGUACAAAGCACGGUGCAAGGCAAAGAGAAAACUGUCAUGUCAAGUUGCUUGAAUACUUGGACUGUUGAUGGCUUCUUUCUGCUAAACAGGGUCCUAAAUAUCUGUAUAUUUUACUAGCUGAUGUUUGUUGCACCAGUGCAUACUAGCAUGGAAGUGUGCCUGCUAGAUCUUUGCUAGGACAGUGGAUGGACACUUAUUUUCUCUUUUAUAGAGGAAUCCACUGUAGACUUUUGAAGCUAAAAGUUUAAAUUUUUAAUCUAAACAGUAUCUUAUUUUCUCUCUGAAGUGCUGUUGCAUGCUUCUAAAUGAAAUUAAAUUAACUUAGUGAAUUGAGUUAGUGUUAUAUGAAGACUGAUUUAUUGCAGUGAUUUCAGAAUAAAAAGAUACAUAGGAAACUGUAUCAGUAACAUAAUGAUUCAAACAAUGUGGAAGUUUGAUUUAUCAAAUGUGUGUUUGAUCCCUUUAUGCACCUGAAUCACUUUAUGUACCUGAUUCCUCAUUUGAUUUCAGUGCAAUGACUCAUAUCAGUCCAAAGCAAGUAAAGAAAUAUCUGAGAUCUGAUGGGAUCAUAAUUUUUCACCAAUGUAUGCAGCAAUAGCAUUCCUGGGGAAUUUCUGUGCGCCACAUUAAUGGAGGUUAGAGAUUAUUGCAUAAAAUCUGGUUCUUUAGGUCAAGUCAUAAAGGAUUUUUAUCUCAGUGGAGUUUAGUUCAUAUCCUUUUUGUAUCAGCCAAAAGACAGUCAUUACAUGCACAACCUUCAGAGCAAUGGAGAAUUAAAUUCAGUACAAUUUCCUGUUUGUUUUAAUGCAGCAGUUUUAAAUAAAAAACCCCAAACCCUAGUCAUCUAAGUAGAGAAAAGCUAUUUUUCACUGAUAUUUUUUUGCAAUUUGAAUUUAAUUUACUUUUCUUGUAAGAUGAUUUCAGGCUUUUUGAGACAACUAAACUCUGUAUAAGUAUAGAAGAUCCCAAUAUUAGUUUAUUUACAGCUUAGAUGGCUGUUAUUUUUACAUAUAUGAUGCUGAAUAAUAUUCUUCUUUUGGUAUUUGAUGCAGAAUGUCAGAUGCACUAGAACCAAAUAUAUGAACACCAAAAGAAUACGAAAGAAAACAUGCAGACCUGGCCACACUUGGAUGAUGCAAAAAUCUGAGUUAGUUUUUGUCACACCAAAAGUGUGAAAAAUUAUAUAAAUAAACUAAAAGCUCUCUUUUAUACUUGUAUAAUCAGAUUUUCCUCUGCAGGUCACUCUUUUAUCACAGGAAUAACGAUGUUGUAAGAGAUCAACAUUUGAAAAAGAGACAUAAGUUCAUGCAUAAGGCAUGAACUAGGCUCAAUCCUGCUUCUCUUCAAAUUCCAGGAAUAUUUAUUUUGUAUUGAGCUUUCUUAAAAUGAAACACUUCUUGUGACCACCAAGAUAAAAUCCCCAGGGCUGUCCAAUAACCAGUUGGUUUUUUUGGUUUUUUUUUCUUACCUUAAGAUAACUAAUUACAAAAUUAGUUUCAAUUAUUCAUCUUAAAGAGUGGCAGUUCUUUUUACAGUCAGUUUUACAGUUGCGGUACUACAUUCUUGGACACAUUAAACAUGGGAGGUUCUUCCUGGGCCUGGUGCUAUGCCUGUGGAAUCACUGGAAGAAUCUCUUAUAUAUAAAAAAAACCCACAUAAAAUACAUUUUUCAGGAAGAGACUUGCUUAGUUAUAUAUUUUACAUGUUCUUUGCUUGAUAUAUUGCACAAAGAAAAAUCUGCUCUGCCAGAAUGCACAAAGUGUGAGCAGAAAACAGACCAGAGUCUUUAACCCCAUAUGGGCAGAAAUUACAUGGAAUAAUUCUGUCCUGAAAGGCACAUUUGCAGGUUAAAAUGUUUGAUGCACAUCAGGUGGGACAGAGAUGGUAAGUUUUGUUGAUAAAGUACCAUUUUGCAAUCUGCCAUCACUGUUAGUCAGUAUCCUAUCAGCAACAGUAAAGUCCAGUCUUGUUUUUGCCGUAAAUAUAAAAUUCUCAUGUGCAACAAAAUAAUCUGACCUUAACUUCUGGAAUGAAAAAAUUAAGUCACUUUUCUUUUUUUUUUUUUUAGUUUUACAUGUGUUAAAAGCACAAACUGCUGAUCUAUAUGUAAAUAAAUGCUACAAGAUGAAAGUAAAAUGGGAAAGAAUAUACUAUUUUUGCAUGGUAGUAGGUUACUUAAAGACCUCUUGAUGCCUUAGAAAGAAAUUGAAAAAGCAUUUUAAUUAGAGGCAAUUCUAUUGGCAUACUUUUUGUAUCUUUAGGUCACUUUGGUUUUCACUGGGAAAAAAAUCAGAAUUAAAUCAUUUUUUCUUCUUUGAAUGUUCUUCAGUAUUUUGCACAUUUGGUGGUUUCUAUACCACUUCUGCACCUGUGAAACGAUGAAGCUUUUCAGAGAAGUCUGGAUACCUGUAGCCCAGAAGUGAAAAAGUUUUAGAUCCCUCAAAUUCUUCCAAAGAAAAAUGUUUUCUGAGGCAUCUGGAGCCCCUUUAAGCCCUUCAUUUCAGGUUUUUGUUAUGUAUUUUAGCAAUGUAAAAGCAGCCAACAAAUGAGGCAUUUUGGUAAGUGUUGCCUAUUGUAUUUUCAACUGAAAGUGAAGGGAGGUAAAAUUUAACAUACACAUUUGUGUAAAAAAAUUCCUAACUUAAUAAAAUUUUUCAGUUUUGGUAUAUUAGCAUGUGUAUCAAAAAGUCAUCUAUGGAAAUUUUUGUAAAAAACUAAAUUCUCAGCUUUCUCAAAACUGCUCAUAAGAUUUUCUUGUGGACUGACAUACAAUAAAAGCUCUUUUAUAAAAUCUGUUGUUCCUCCAGCACUUUCUCCUCACCAUCGGUAUGAAGUCAUUCGGAAUUCAUAUGUGUGCCUAAACUAAACGUAUUGUAAAAAUAAGAAAUUAUGUAAAAUAAAGUAACGACCAAAAUCAUAUUGAGACAUGAGAUUCAUUUUAGCAAUCUCCUAUGAAAACAAACUAUUGCUAAGUUCUCUGAAGAUGCAGAAGUCUUUCUGUAAUGGUUUCAUUUUUUAAAUUUUAAAUCAAUAAUCAUAUAACCAAAUGUAUAUGCUUGUUAAUUAUGAAUUGACAAUUGGGAAUGCAUAGUAUUUUUUUCAGACUGUGUCUAAACCAAUAAAGUUUCAAAGCAUUCGGGCUCUA